AUGUCGACCCCUGAAGUUAAAGCUGCGCGUCGUGCAAAGUUCAAUGGCGUGUUCGAAAAAAUCCGGGAUGAGCUGAUCGAGCACUUUGCUGCUCAGGGGAUGCCCAAGGAGGCUGUUGAGUGGUACCGCAACAGCUUGAACUACAAUGUCCCCGGAGGCAAGCUCAACCGCGGCAUGUCGGUCGUCGACACCGUCGAGAUCCUCAAGGGCCGUGAAUUGACUGACGAAGAGUACUUCAAGUCUGCCGUGCUGGGAUGGUGCAUUGAGCUCCUGCAAGCCUACUUCCUCGUCGCUGACGAUAUGAUGGAUGGAUCCAUCACCCGUCGCGGCCAGCCAUGCUGGUACAAGAUCCCUGAAGUCAACCUGAUCGCCAUCAACGACUCUUUCAUGCUCGAGGGCGCGAUCUACCACCUCCUCAAGACCCACUUCCGAUCGGAGAAGUACUACGCUGACCUGCUCGAUGUCUUCCACGAUACCACCUACCAGACCCAGAUGGGCCAGCUCGUGGAUCUCAUCACCGCCCCUGAAGAUCACGUCGACCUGAGCAAAUUCUCCCUCGAGAGACAUCGCCUCAUCGUCGUCUACAAAACCGCGUACUACUCGUUCUACCUCCCCGUUGCGUGCGCGCUGCUCGUGUGCCACAUCCCCGAGUCGUACACUGCGGGCAACGAGAUUGUUAAGCCGUUCGAGGUUUCCUCGUCCAUCCUCAUCCCUCUCGGCGAGUACUUCCAGAUCCAGGACGAUUUCCUCGACUACUCCGGCACACCCGAGCAGAUCGGAAAGAUCGGCACGGACAUCAUCGACAACAAGUGCUCCUGGGUGGUGAACACCGCGAUCCGCCUGGCGACGCCCGCUCAGCGCAAGGUGCUCGACGAGAACUACGGCCGCAAGGACGCGCAGAAGGAGCAAGUCGUCAAGGCUCUCUAUGAGGAGAUCGGCAUCCGCAAAGUUUACGCGGAGUACGAGGAGAAGGUCGUCGGCGAGCUGAACGCCAAGAUUGACCAGAUUGUGGAGGUUCCUGGAGGAUUGAAGAAGGCCGUCUUCCAGAGCUUCUUGGGCAAGAUUUACAAGAGGAGCAAGUAG